CGAAUGGCACAAAAAAGAACCCUCAAGGAACCCACUGAGGAUCUUUCAAAGGUUCCACGAUUGGAAGCUUCCAAUAUGGACUACCUCCUACCCGUUGAGUUUGUUAGAAACGGCACUUCUCCUUGCAUCACCCAAAUCGCUGCUGCAUUGUUUAGCCUCGGGGAGAGAAAGGCAAGACCAUGUUUUAUUACGGAGGGCACAAGACUGGCAACGGGUACUGUGGUGGAGAUCCAUCAGAUACCCUGGACAGCUACCCCCUUCUCUAUUGCGGUUUUUUUUCGCGGGCUCAAUAUUCGACCCGGUGGAAUUGCUGUCAAGAUUGCCGAUGGUCGUCGUAGCAAUACUGUCUACGUGGCGUUUGAAAGUGAGCUUGACGCCCAACUAGCCUGUGACAGGAAUACACCAGAAGACUACGAGGUGUUAGCCAGUCUCGAGAACUCACCAGGCACUCAGAGCACUCGGUCACCCAAUAUGCAGAUUGCUAUGGCCUCGGAAGUACUCUUUCUUCAGUAUGCUAUUUGUCGAAUUCCUGAGGUGGCACAAUUUCUUCAACAAUUGACAGACGAGCGCCAAAUUGUUGUCCGUAUUCGUGGAUUACCGUAUACCACGAAGAAGGCGGAUAUUAUGAAAUUUUUCAAGGAGGUUGAUGCGGAAAUUCUCAAUGGUGAGAACGGAAUCUUCUUUGCAACUUACGCCGAUUGUCGACCAACCGGAGAUGCCUUUGUCCUCUUCGUGGACAACGCAGAUGCUGAUCGAGCGUUGACGCGCCAUCGAAACUACCUUGGUCAGCGUUAUGUGGAAUUGUUCAAAGCCUCACCUUCAGAGGCUGUUCAGGUGUGUCAAAAUGCCCAGCAGAGUGGCACCUCCAGCACCAAUAAGACUUUGAGUUUUGGUAGCAAACUUGUAAAGCCGACGGUAUCGACAGUGACAAUUAAGAAAACUGGCCCCUCCCUUUCCUUACCCACUGUCUGCCCUCCCACCUUUCCUCCUCUUUCUGCUUCCAUCCAAGCUCCCAAUCUGUCAGCGACUCUGGCAUUUCCAGAGGUCCCUUCCACUAUCCUCAAUCCCCUUCUCUUUCCAUCUUCAUUCAUCCCAGUUCCGCUGGCAACAGCCCUUCCGAUGGCAACGGAGUUUAUUGAUCCAACAGAUCCAAAAUGUCCCCUGCCGAAACCUCUACCUCCAGGUGGGGCCAGAUUCGUCAUUCAAAUCAUGGAUCUACCAUCAACCCUCAGUCGACAGGAGAUGCGACUGUUUUUAGGAUUGGAAGUCUACGCCAAGGUCUUUAGAAUGUGCAAGAUUACUACCUGCCUGACGGAGGGAUCAUGGCUCCUUCUCAUGGCCGACUUGGCGGAUACACUUUGGGCGAUAGAAGAGCUGCUUCAAAGGUCCCCCCUACACCCGCGAUUCCUUCUGUUUGAGGUGGACAGUCGAGACUUUCAACUGAAUGUGAUACCAUCUAGUCGACUACCUGCGCAUCUACCCCCUAUGCGGGUGCUAAAUCUUCAGAUGGCAGUGGAUUCACCAGCAUGGAGUGCUGUGAAAAGUACGGUGCAUUUAUUUGUAGGUCUUGGGGUUGCUGGGUUCGUAGGCACUAUAGAGCCACAGUUAGGGCUUUCGACCAUUUCAUCACAACAUCCCAUCAGACAAUUCUCGAUGGGUCUUCCCUUGGAUGGUACUUCCGCAUUCGCUGAUUUGGUCAACCCCUGUGUUUUGCGGAUCACAGGCCUGCCAAGAAACGUCACCCAACAGGAGCUUGCUUUGCUCUACGCCCCUGUCAUUCACCUUCUCUCAAGUCCACCACACUUCCUACCCCUUACAACCACUAGCCAAGAAGCGACCGCCACUUACAUAGCCGUCUUCGCAACUCACAGUGACGCUGCGCUUAUGCUGACGCAUUGCCGUCUCUGCAGUCUGCGGGAUAACGCGUUCAUCGCCAUGAGUGCUCCUGUCGGGCAGCCCCUCUAA